AUGGCAGAACAAGAGCUACAGGUAAUUCUGCUUUUCCCGUUCCCCCCGCGCCACUCUCUCUCCGGCUCGGCUCGCCCGCGCCCUCACCUAGCCGGAAAGGUGGGACAGAGGAGGGGCCCCUCACAUGGGGCCCGCGCUCGGAGGCGGGCGGGCGGGCGGGCGGGCGGCGCGGGGUCCUCCCGGAUCGCGGCAAAGGUACGGGCCCGAGGGCCGAGCCGCGCGCUGAUUGGCUGCGGGCGCGCUCAGGUGCGCUGCCAUUGGCAGAGGCGCGCCCAGGGAUUAUGGGUCGAACGGAAGGACUCGGGAGAGCUGGACUCAGGGAAUCCCAAGCCAACCGGAAUCCGAGGCGCAGCGCACAGCCACGGGGCUUUUCAUGCCCACAGUGAGGACCGUGUGACAGUUUCCGAAGACUUGCAAGUUUACUUUGUGCGCAGAGGCGGCGGCAAACUGCACAACGAUCGAUCGCCGGGUGUGCUAAGUCAUGGCUUUGUGAACCUGUCCACAGCCAACACCUUCCGCGCCCCGGUGCGUCACCUGUGCCCAGGAGAUUGCAGCUGUGCUAAGAGUUUGGGAUUCCAGAGCUGCAAACAACCACGAACCUGUCCCAUAAUAAACCUGUUGUCUUUUUGACGUAUCCAGGCAGACAUCAACAUUGACAUUGUAAUUCAAUAGAAGCCGUGACUACAAA